AAGAUCAUGUUAAGGUCAAUGUGAACUCUGCUCAAGGACGGAAUUCGAAUAGACAGCAACUCUACAGAUAUGCCGGAGGAAGGUGGUCAAGUAAAAAAUCAUAGGAGAAUGUCGUCAGACACGGGCGAUUUUCGAGAAGCAACUAGAAGAGAUGCCCAAAUAGCAAUGCAUAAGGAACUCGAUCAUUUAGCUCUAACAUGUCCUGAUCAUAUGCGGAAACAAGUAAGAGCUGACUUGGAUGGAUAUGAAAGGAUUUUCAAACGUUUCCUUAGCGAAACUGGGCCAAGUGUUCAAUGGGAAAAAAUUAACUUACUUCCUAAGGAAGCGAUUAAACCCUAUUCUGAAAUUGAAACCCCCUCCAAGUCUCAAAUAAAAUCCAUGUUGGACAAAUUAGUAGUAUUAAAAUUGAAUGGUGGUUUAGGUACAACUAUGGGUUGUACUGGACCAAAAUCAGUAAUAUCUGUAAGAAGUGAAUUUACAUUUUUGGAUUUGACUGUACAACAAAUUGAGAAUUUGAACAAAGUUUACGAUUGCGAUGUACCUUUGGUAUUGAUGAAUUCAUUUAACACUGAGGAAGAUACUGAAAAAGUCUUGGGAAAAUAUAAUAACAUCAAAGUGAACAUCAGAAGCUUUAUGCAAUUCAAGUAUCCGCGUAUUCAUAAAGAAUCUUUAUUGCCUAUACCAAGAGGUUAUUCAAACAAUGACCUUGAAGGGUGGUAUCCUCCUGGUCACGGUGACAUUUACGAGAGCUUCAACAAUUCUGGUCUAUUGGAUGAAUUUAUUGCAGCUGGUAAAGAAUAUGUAUUUGUAUCAAAUAUUGAUAAUCUUGGAGCCACAGUUGAUGUCAAUAUUUUAAAUUUUCUGCUACGCCAAUCGGUUGUCAGUCCUGAAUUUUUGAUGGAGGUUACCGAUAAAACAAGGGCCGAUGUUAAGGGUGGUACUCUCGUUGAAUAUGAGGGUCGAAUGAGAUUGUUGGAAAUCGCACAAGUACCAAAAGAUCACGUUGACGAAUUUAAGAGCGUAAACAAAUUCAGAAUUUUUAACACUAAUAACUUAUGGAUCAAGCUGUCAGCAAUCAAAAGAGUAAUCGAAGACGAUUCGUUACAUAUGGAAAUUAUUGUUAAUCCCAAAACCUUGGAUAAUGGAGUCAAUGUUAUACAACUUGAAAGAGCUGUUGGUGCCGCCAUUAAGAGUUUUGACGGAGCUAUUGGUAUCAAUGUGCCAAGGAGUCGUUUCUUACCCGUAAAGUCAACCUCUGACUUGCUAAUUGUCAUGUCAAACUUAUACAGUCUUAAAGCCGGAUCUUUAACUAUGAAUCCGUUAAGAUCGUUCCCAUCUGUUCCCUUGGUUAAAUUAGGCACAGCCUUUAAAAAAGUGAAGGAUUUCUUGAGUCGCUUUGCGGAUAUUCCCGAUUUGUUGGAAUUGGAUCACUUGACGGUAUCUGGAGACGUCACGUUUGGAAAAGGAGUUGCGUUAAAAGGAACUGUUAUCAUUAUUGCUAAUCAUGGGGAUAGAAUUGACAUACCUCACGGUGCCAUGCUAGAAAACAAAAUCGUUUCUGGAAAUUUGCGUAUUUUGGAUCAUUAG